CCCAGAAGUCAUCUCUCUGAGGCUUGGUGUGAUUUCUCUGAUGUCUGUUAAGUCUUCAGACAGUUGCAUCUUCUGACUGAAAAAUGUCUCAAGGUGGGAAUUCAAAUCACACUACUGUGGUUCUGGUGGGGUCAGAACAGGAGAGAAUAUCAAACCAAAUCAUAGACAAUCCUGGAUUGAUCACAACCUUAGGCAAGUGUAGGCAAAUAGAAAAUGAACGUUUUACUGUGAUCACAACUCCUGACUUGUCUGAUAAAGAAACUCCAGACCAGAAUGUUAUUGACUGCAUGGCCCUGUGCCACCCAGGACCUCAUGUGUUCCUGCUGCUGGUGCAGGACAGAGAGGCUACAGCGGAGGGGAUAGGGAAGGGAAUAGGGAAGAUACAGGAGAUGUAUGGUGAGGAGAUAGCAAGGAAAACUGACGUGCUGAUACUAAACUCGUUUCAGCAACAAGUGAAGGUAAAGUUACCUCUACAUAUCAUUUAUUCUGAAAAUGGUCUUGAAAAAAGAAAGGAGAAAUGGUCAAAUGGAAACAGUAAACCACUGGAAUUCAACUUUAACUUGGAGAAUGCUGUUAAAGGAAGGCGUGGCCAGAAAAAAACAAACAACUGUAACAUGAGAAGACACCCCAAUGAAGCUGGACAGAGUCAAGACAUACCAGAAGAUGUGGUCAUGGAAGAACAAUCUAGUUUUUCCACAAGAAAGAACUAUGGAUGGGAAGCUGGACAGAAGAAAAUAAAGAAAAGUCAGAGUUUUACCAUGACUCGCCCCAUCACCAGAUCUGACUCGUCCAGUGGCAGACAGCAGAGUCACGCUGUCCAAACAGCUAGACAGCAGAGUCACGCUGUCCAAACAGCUAGACAGCAGAGUCACGCUGUCCAAACAGCUAGACAGCAGGUUUACCCUGUCUCACCACCUGAAAACACCCUGAACAUGGUGCUGCUGGGACUGUCAGGGACUGGGAAGAGUGCAUGUGGCAACACCAUCCUGAGAAAAAAAGCAUUUCCCUCCCGGGCCAGCUCCAUACCUGUCACUAGAGAGUGUAAGGCUGUUCCCUUUGAGACAUAUGGUACCAAGGUGACGAUCAUCGACACUCCAGAUUUCUUUGAUGAGAACAUUAAAGGUGAACAUGUAUAUAAAUGCAGAGAACUGUGUCAGACAGGUGCAUGUGUGUACCUGCUGGUGAUGCAGGUUGGCAGGUUCACAGAUGGUGAGAGAGGGAUUUUGGAGAAACUGGAAACAGCCUUUGAGAGUAAGAUCAGAGAGAGAACGAUAGUGCUCUUCACCCAUGGAGAGAACCUGAGACGGUCUAGAAUGACUGGAGAUCAGUUUGUGAAAGAAGCUGAGCCUCACCUACAGGAGAUAGUUCAGCUUUGUGGGGGCAGGUACCACGUGUUCAAGGACAAGUCUAAGGACCAGUUGUUGAAGAAGAUCUGCAGCAUGCCAGAAAAUCAACACUUGUUCCCAAACAGAAAUAGUGGGUCAGGCUCUAAUUCUUGCACAAUCAGUUAAGUUAGUUAGUUUGAAGUAAUUAAUUCAGUCAUCAUCAUUAACUCGAUUUGAAUUUAAUGAUUGCUGUCUGUAAAUACUCAACAGGACCAUCUUUACAACAUAAAAGAUCAUUACUGUUUUAUAUUUAGACAAAGAUGUGUUUGUAAUUAAUCAACUGAAUACUAAUUAUGCAAAUAAAUAAGCAAAUAUGCUCAUGUUUAAAACAUUGUUACAUUGUUAAAACUGUUGCUCCCUAUCAUAUUACAGUUUAAAUCCUUGUUUCCACUUUUGUUUAAAUCAAUCAGUAAGAAAUUGUUUGUUGUUAGAAGUUUGAAACUUGAAAAUGUCAAUGAAUACUUAUUUUUUGUAAUCAUGUGUAUCUUAUAUAAAUCAUUUUUUUUUGUUUUCAUAGGAAUACAGAAAUAAUAUUGAAGCAUUGAUGUUAGUUAGAUCAGAAUUAUCUUGAUAUAUGACAGAAGUAUCAGAAAGUAUAAAAAGUCUGAUAUAGUCCAUUUGACAUCAAUAUUGUC